AAAAAUUGUGGGGAAAGCCAUGUCGAUGGUCGAUCGCGUGACGGAGGCGAUAGUCGGGCAGCUGGUCAUGGCGGCGGACGGCGCGAUGCUCGGCCUCGGUAUCGCCUACGCGGCGUACUGCAGUUUUCGGAAGUACUCUGCCACGUCGUCCGCCCUACGCAAAAUCCGCCAGGCGCCGGCAGUGGAACCCUCCGACAUCCGCUCCGUGCUCGCCGACGGCGAUGGUUCCGGAGGCUAUGAUGAAUCCGACUCUUCCGUUUCGUGUUCCGACGGUGGGAAAUUGGUCAUCGUCAGGGGUACGGUCGAGGUGAAAUCUGCCUUGGAGAAGGGGAAUUGGAAGAGUAUAAGAGGCAGUAACUUGGUUGUGUCUCGGGAAACUGGCGACCAGGGCGUUCUCCUCGAGCGAGUUCACACUUGUGUAUACCAUGAGUUGAGGGGCAUCUUUCGGUGGCCCCAUGACAUACGGUCCUUGCUCUCAAAUUCCUUGAAACCACGGGGGUCUUCCUCCGUAAGAAUGGUUCCAUUCAUUCUUGUGGAGGGAGGAAAACAACCACAUCACUCUGAUUAUCUUGUUGUCAACAUGGAAGGGUCAAAGCAUCCUUUGCCACUUGUUACUGUCUUUCGGGACGUGCAGCCUCUUAGUUCUUCUACUUACACUUUUCUUCAGGCUCUUCUCGGUCUUGAGUAUCCUGUUGGGCUACUUUAUGAAGAGAAAAUACUUUCUCUGGGGAAGGAUAUCACUGCUGUCGGUGUCUGCAAUCUUAAAGAUGGGAUUCCUGAGAUCAAAUCGUGCGAAGAUCUUCCUUAUUUUCUAAAUUCGAUAGUUAAAGUAUUGAAACUGCAAGAUCAUCUUUGCCUGCAUAACAAUGGUCAACUCUUUCUGUUUAAUUCUUGCGAUGUUGUCUCUCUGAAACCCUCCGUCUUGUCCGAUUUGAACAAAGAUCAAAUGGUAGCCGAACUUUCAACCAAGAGUAAUGUGCUGAUGUGGAGCGGACUGGUUCUCGGUUCUGUAGCUAUUGGCAUCUUUAGUUAUUGCAUUGCAAGAAACUGGGUGAAAUGGAAAGCACGCAGGUCACGACAGGUAGACAACUCAGCGGAUAUCCCGUCAGAUGCUGAGGUGGCAGCAUUGGAUGAGGAAUCAGGUGAAGUUCCCGAGGGCCAGCUGUGCGUUGUCUGCCUGCUGAGAAUUCGGCAUUCGGCUUUCAUCCCAUGUGGCCACCUCGUCUGCUGCCAGCGCUGUGCAUUGGUGGUCGAGCGUGAGUCCUUGCCAAAGUGUCCUGUUUGCAGGCAGCAGAUAAGGAGUUCGGUAAGGAUUUACGAUUCUUAAAGGGCUUCGGUAUAUUUUUUUUAGCAGUUAGCAGCAUAAAAAUGGAAAUUUUAUUUUUUUCGAGUUUUUGCUUAGGGAGGGUUAUUAGUAUUACUGACAUGAGGAUUGAGGGUAGGGUACUUCUUCAUAGUUGCUGUGUAUUGGAUGCUUUUGUCUACGCCGAGUGAAAACUGGUGAGGUCAGUGUAUAGCUUUCAAAUGGUAACCAAUGGAUUGGGUUUAGUUCGUGUAUUUAUAUAUUUCACCUGUAUAAACAUUUAUUAAUAUAUAAAUGUUUUUUAAUUUAAAUAUUAAUCUCAUGUGACUAAGGAG